ACAUAUGACCUCUUAGCUGACCUUACCGGAAGCCAUGACGACAGCAGCCUUUUGCCAAUAGACCAGGGCAGUAGUGGUUACAGCAGCCGAAGCUGCACUGGCCGGGAUAAGUACGGGCCGCCUGCACGCACAGAGUACCGCCUUAUUGUGAAGAACCUCUCUAGUCGCUGCAGCUGGCAGGAGCUAAAGGACUUCAUGCGCCAAGCUGGUGAGGUGACCUAUGCCGACGCCCAUAAGGAGUGGACCAAUGAGGGGGUGAUUGAGUUCCGAUCGCGCUCGGACAUGAGGGCCCACAAGCUGGACAGCACUGACAUCAAUGGGAGGAAGAUCCGCCUGGUACGCUCCAAUUCUGGUAGCUCCUCUAGGUCUCGUAACAGACGUCGCUCUCGCAGAAGGAGCUGCAGAAGUUCUGGCAGCCACUCCAGGUCACUCUCACGGAAAUAGCACUGACCAGAUUGCAUCUGCCCUGCCCAAGAACUCCAAUACUUCACAAGGCUGGGGUAGUUGCAUAGAUUAAUACUUAGUUCAUCCCAGAGGGGACAUUUCAUUGUAACACAGCAGCAUAUUGACAAGCACACAUACUGUACAAGACCUAGUUUAAAUUCCUGUGUGUUUGUCCUCCACCGGUCACUCUCAUGCUGUAAACGGCACUCUUGCGCCAGAUCCGACCGCAAAUCUUGUUCUCGAUCCGUGAAGAAGUCCCAUUCUAAGUCCCAGACCCAUUCCAAGUCCCGCUCUAGCACCAGGAAGUCCUGCUCCAAGUCUCAUUCUCGCUCCUGCACGCAAGGCUCGCAGCUGCUCGGCGAGCCACAAAUCUCGCUCUCGCUCCCACACAUGCAAGUCUCGCUCUAAAGUGAAGUCUGAGCGGGGAAACAGAGGCUAUUCCAAGGAUGUCUGUCAGCGAGAAUUCCCAGAGUCGUUCCCCACCCCCCGUAGAGAAUGGAAACGGAGAGCGGUUCAAAUUUGCCUCCAAGUCUCCCUUCCCACAAGAAGACCUUCACCAAUCCAAGUCCCCCGCCAAGCACUCAGCUUCUGGAUCCGCCACACGCUCUAAAUCCCGCUCCUGGUCCCAAUCGGCUUCCCAAGAUUAAAUGCACUUGUUUAAGUAGGAAGUAUGUAA